AUGAGUAGUCCACCUCCGCCGCCGUCUGGCUCGCCCCCCGCCCAACCGGGGUCUCCGUCCCGAGAUUCUGGAACUGUAUGGCAUCCCGCUAGGGAAUGGUUAGAACAGGACGAGGACGAGGAUGAUAUGGACUAUGAGCCGGAUGAAAUAGACUCAGAUGGAAGAGAAGAAGAAGAAGACCUAGAUGCGAAUUUGUAUGAGGGCGAGGAAGACCUCGAUGAUGCUGAUGAUCAUCGCUUCGAUCCGGAAUUGCAUCUAGGUAAUAUACACAUUGAAUUCGCUAUGGAUGAGUCGGACCAUGAGCAACAUGGUGAGGAGCGUCACGAGGGAAGGCACAAUAGAGUUUCCGCAGCUCGAUUACUGAACCUCCUGGCUUCGAAUGGUCUGCGCCAUAUCCUUCAUUAUAACGGACUACACGACGCCAACGUGGUAGAGGAAGACGAGGACGAUUACGAGUUCGGAUUCUUCGGGUACCGGCGACGAGCACGACGAUCGGGAGGUCAGCAGUUUCCCAAGGUACCAAGUGAGGAGGGAGAGCAGCUCAUGGGUUCUGGUGAUUUCGGAUCCAACCCUCACUAUGUGGACAGAUUGAAGAAGCGGAAACGGGCUCUGGCGACGAAGAUCAUGUGGCGAGAACUGGGGGUUGAUGUGUCGGGGCCGCAGAGGAGGGAUAUGCAGUCGAUAACGCAGGGACUCAUUCCUGGCUCGACAGCGGAUAAGAUCGUUCAUUUCGACUCGCGGUGCUACUCUGGACAGUUCUCGGACGAUGGAAAUUUCUUCUUCUGCUGCGCUCAGGACUUCAAGGUCAGGAUGUACGAUACUUCCAACCCGUUCGAGUGGAAGUAUUACAAGACGGUGGAUUACCCGUUUGGGCAGUGGACCAUCACCGACGCCAGUCUGAGUCCGGACAAUAAGUUCCUGGCGUACAGUUCGAUUCGGAACCUGGUCUGUCUUGCGCCCACAGAUCCAGCAGAUUCCUCCGAUCCAGCUAUUUUGGAUCUGUCGUCGCUUUCAGGAAGGCGAGGCGGGCGUGGCCUGUAUGGCAAUUCUCAUUUCGGGAUCUGGUCGAUUCGAUUCUCAGGCGACGGUCGGGAGAUCGUGGCUGGCACAUCCGAUCAAUCGGUUAUUGUUUACGAUUUGGAAACGCGCCAGUCCGUCCUGCGGCUGCAGAAUCAUGAGGACGAUGUGAAUGCUGUCUGUUUCGGCGACAAGUCGUCCCCCCAUAUUCUUUACUCUGGUUCGGACGACACCACGCUGCGAGUGUGGGACCGGCGCUCGAUGGGCGACGGGCGCGAGGCCGGUGUGUUCAUGGGGCAUACAGAAGGGUUAACUUAUGUUGACAGCAAGGGCGAUGGGCGAUACGUACUAUCCAACGGCAAAGAUCAGUCGAUGAAGCUCUGGGAUCUGAGAAAGAUGAUGACGACAGCCAAGUUCGACACCAUUGAUGUUAACCGAUACACAACCGGGUUCGACUAUCGAUUUGAACCGUAUCCGGACGACUAUUACGAACCUCAUCCCCACGACUGUUCGGUAGUGACUUUCCGGGGCCACCGCGUGCUCAAGACUCUCAUCCGCUGCCAUUUCUCGCCUCCUGGCAGUACCAACUCGAGAUAUGUGUAUACUGGCAGUGAAGACGGUAAGGUAUACGUAUAUAAUCUGGAUGCCACACUUGCAGGAACGAUUGAUGUAGGGCAAGCGACGGCCAACUCGCGGCCGCGCGAUCCUGAUAUCUUCACCGCUGCGUAUGAAAUCCGUAGUAGUCGCAGCGAUGUGAUGUGGAAAACAUGCGUUCGGGAUGCCAGCUGGCACCCGAACUGCCCUGUCUUGGCGGCGACGUCCUGGAAUGGAUGGGGUUUGUCCACUGGUACGUGCACACUGCAUACCUGGAAUGACGGCGUGGAUAGCGACGAGGGCGAUCCGCCGGUGGCAGGGAACUACGACAGCCGAUUGAACUCGGUCCGGGAAUUCAACUUAUUCAGGGAGAAGAUGCAGAGCCGAAGUCGACCAGUCCAAAGAUCGGCAUUGGACGAUGAGUUACAUUAUGAGUUAUGGUGA